ACUUAUCUAAAAAAUUUAUUUUUCAUCAAAUUAGAAAAGAACAGCGACCCUGUAAAUGUUCAACGCACAUCUUCUUUCACGAAGGAUGAAAAAUGAACCAUUUGUCUGUCUGUGUUUAAAAAAAAGAAGACACUUGAAAAAUGUGGUCAUUCAUUUUGUACAAGUUGCAUUGAAGAGGCAUUUAAACAUAACAAAAAAUGUCCCGUGUGCUCCUAUGUGUACGGUGUUAUCAUUGGUGAUCAACCAGACGGAACAAUGACUUACAGUUUUUCAAAUAAAUCUUUGCCUGGUUACCCUUCUUGUGGGACCAUUUCUAUAAAAUAUAGUUUUCCACACGGUAUUCAAGGUAAAGAACAUCCUAAUCCAGGCAAGCCAUAUGAAGGAACAACACGACGUGCAUAUCUUCCUGACAAUGAAGAAGGAAACAAAGUGCUUACAUUACUUCAAAAAGCUUUCGAGCAAAAACUGACCUUUACUAUUGGACGGUCGUCAACAACUGGUGUAGAAGGUGUUAUAACUUGGAAUGACAUUCAUCAUAAAACUAACAUGAAUGGAGGCCCAUCAGCAUAUGGUUACCCUGAUCCAACAUAUCUUAUACGAGUCCAGGAAGAAUUAGCUUCCAAAGGAAUUAUUGAAGAAACAGGCGAAAUGGUUUAAGAAUCAAGAAUUAAAGUCCUUAGUUGGUCAGAAGCAUAUGUAAAGAAAGUCGUCUACAUUUUAAUCAAUUUAGUUUUCGCUAACAUUCAAUCUUCCAUAUAGAUUUUUGUUGAAAUGAAUUGUUGCUUCUGGGGUACUUCUGGGUAGAGGGGGACCGGUGAGCACUUUAAUUAAAUGAAACAGCUUCAAUGUACAGGGAAUAGUUGCUAGUUUCUUUUUCUUUUAGUUCGUUUAUGCUGCAUGUCUUUCUUCAAUAUCAAUUUAUCUAAUCUUAUUAAACUGAAGAAAACAUUGCUGUUUCAGUUUUAAAGACUGCGUUAUUUUAGUCCGAGUUUUUUAAUACUUUGAAGUGGCUAUACCAUAAUUUCUUUUCUAUACAUGUAUUGAAUAGCUAAAACAUUAGUGUAUAUCAGCACUUCUUUAGAUUUGAUUAUUAUAAUCUAUAUAGGUUAGAAUAGUUUUUUCUCAAUAAAAGUUAACUUGUGCAA